AUGGAUACAGUUUUAGAACAACAGCGCUCCUAUCACGAGGAACGUGAACGCCUCAUCGAUGCGAUUUCGAAAGAAAUGUGCUUUAAGGCCAAUACGGUAACUUUUUUCUUAUUUUUAUCGUUUACUGGAUAUAGCACAAAGAAGCGUUAAAUUCGGAAUUUCGACUCAGGACAAUGUACGACGUAUGUUUGCAUUUUUCAUCCGACUUUCCUUCAGCGUUACAUUGAUAUUACCAGAGAAUUGAAAGAACUUUAUGAGGACAAGGACGGGUACGCCAAUUUCUGUUCAUUACAUUCUGCGUAACGCACACUAUACGAUCGUAUAUGGCGACCGCUGCGAUUCGACUAAUACAACCCGUAUUAUUUUCCCUUACCCUCUGUAUUUCGGGCAGUUCUCCCUGGCUUUAACUCAUAUUUAGUUGUUUUACAUUCCUUCUCUUCACUGGUCAUACUGACUAUGAAUGUGCGUACUCCAUAUGGAGCAUGUUUUUUUUAUUCGUGUGCGAUCAUUACAUCCAGUAUAAAAUCCCAGCUUUUGUUUUACAAUUUAAGAUUAUGUUAAGCAUACAUGUAUUCGCCUAUUCCUUUGGUUCCUGGCCUCUCAUAUCUUUCCCUCUCUUACUAGAUUGCGAAAACAAGAUAUCCAGGCACUCUCAGGCCCCAAUGAAUUUGCAGAAUUUUACAGCCGUUUUAAGGCACUCAAAGAGUUUCACCGGGCUCACCCAGAUGAAGUUAGUUCGCCAAAACUUCUUAAUCCAUUUCGACGUCCUUUCAUUCGUUCUAAUUACUUGAUUCUACCUUUAACAGAUCAGCGUCCCCAUGUCAGUUGAGUUUGAAAAGUACGCCCAGAUGCGAGAAAAACCAGAAGAAGCAUCCCAAACCCUGAUUGAUUUCACAGAUGAAGAGGGUUAUGGACGCUUCUUAGAUCUUCAUGAGGUUUAUGAAGAGUUCAUCAACAUCAAGGGCAUUCCGGUUAGCCCCUUUUAUUAGAUCUUAUUUGCCUUUUCAGAAAGUCGACUACCUCACUUAUUUACAAACCUACGACAAGCUUUAUGAGAUUUCGAGAGAAAAGAAGACGGGACAAUAUAAGAAGUUUGUGUUACCCUUAACAAGUCCAGAAUUUUAGGUACCUGGAAAAACUGAUCGAAUAUCUUGAAGGUUACAUUGCCAGAGCGAAACCUAUGUGUGACAUUACAGAGGCAAGUCGUGUUUGUUUGAGAUCUAGUGCCCAUCAGUCCUUUCUAAUAAGCAUCUUUCUCAAUGCAGUUUCAUUUUUCUGUUGUCAAAAAGCUCUAGUGCGUGGUCUUUGUUUAUAGGAGACAAACAAGGCUAUUGCGAGGCUUGAACAACAGUGGCCACAGGGUAUCUUUCCUGGGUGGGGCAAAGAGGCAACACCAGUGCUAACCCAUGCCGGCGCGCAUCUCGACUUGACCGCCUUCACGAAAUGGGAAGAACUCGCCUCGCUUGGCCUCGACCGUUUGAAGUCGGCCUUAUUAGCCCUUGGCCUCAAAUGCGGUGGCACACUGGAGGAACGGGCUCGUCGUCUAUGGGAUACCAAAGGAAAGUCUUUGGAGGAUCUGCCGACGGAUAUGUUUGUUACUAAGUCUCGCUCCCGUCGAGGUCGGGCUGUCACGUCUAAUCCAUCUCAGAAAACAGAGUAAGUUUUCGUUGAUGACUUGUAGAUAACUUGUUCUUUCACGCACCCGUCUUAUCAUGUAUGUCCGGCAGUUUCCACGACUACGCCUUGAGAGACUUCUUUAUAAUCCUUGGAUUGGCUUUGACCGGGAACCUUAUUUUUUCCUACGGUUUCGUUCGAAGGUGCUCUGCGGACACAAUAUGAGGAAGUUGGCGACAAGAGUUCCAUUUUAACGUAAAAAGUGGUAACUUUCCAUAUUAUCGAAUGGCUAAAUCAGUAAGUCGGGGGCCUGUUUUCUAAAUAAAGACGAACUUUGGUGAGAGAAGUAGUUUGCGAAUAAUGCGAAUAGAAAUAGGAAAACAGCGUAAUAUCGUCGUUUGUACAAGUGACACGAGUACCUAGGACUUUUGAAGCCGAUGAGUUGUGACAGUAUUCCAAGCCAGACCUUCCAACUUCUAUGAAUUCCCCUGCCAUAAAGUCGUUUUGGUCAUUUUGGGAAGGUUUAACCUCUUGUCUGUCGAAUUUGCAUAUUACCUUGCCAUUUUUAACCGUAACCACUGUUUUGUAUAGUUCCACAUAUUGAUUUCUUGACUUCUACGGUUACUCUCUCACCUAUUCUAAUGACCUUGCUUUGAAACUGUCACUUUUUGCAUAGGGACUGGGCGAUUCACCCACAGACGGGUCUGAACUAACGAGACAUGGCGUGCCGCUAAGAAAAAGUGCCACGUUAGAUUUCACCUAUUGUUGGUAAUCUAGUCAAACUUCCACUAUUCUGCAUCAAUUCCUUGUUCAUCUCACUCUGUAUGUUUAGCAUUUCCCCAUUCCUAAUACAACAUUUAUCGCAAGUUAUUAAGGAUGCUUCUCCUUGAAUCACAGUGUUUCCACUUCUGACUUAUGGGUGUGAGUAUACCACAUUACAGGAUAUCUGGGAGGGCCCGAUUCGGAUUCGACUGCGUGCUAUCAACCCUCUUGCUUACUCGAGCAGGUUUGAGUUAGAUUAGAAAACAUAGCCUGAUGGUUGCAUUGACUGGAGGAUUGAAGGCUGUCAUCCCAGUCGAGCAGAGGAGAGUAAGGCCGGUGAACUGGCAUCACGUAUAUAAUCGCUGUGUUAACCUCUAUGUAUCUUGAAAAUCCUUUAUUUCUUUGACCCACGCGGGUUUCAAACCGAACUCAUAUUCAAUUGGUGAUGACCCCGUCAGUCAGUUCGUGACUCGUCAUAAACUUUGGCUCAGCUUUCGGUGUUUGUUUCGCAUAUCAGAAUUUGUGAAUUAGCGUAUGCGCUAAUUUAACUGAGGUCUGACUAGUGACUGGUAGAGUAGCCGUCAGAAAAGUAAACAAAUUCCUGAGUCCGAAGAUUAGGCUUUCGCAAAACACGCUGCACCAAUACUCAAGUUUCCGAUGAAACCGUCCUGAACCAAGUCGGCGGUAUGAAAUUGCGGUUGCUGUCCACUGUAUCAUGGAACAUCAUCCGCUUAUUAUUGCCCCACUUGUUAUUGCGGAGCAGGAUUUGCGAUGCCUAUCCCACCGACAAAGUCCAAGCAUUCGGACAGAGGCCCUUACUGGGCCCACUGGUCAGGCGGCUAGGUUUAGACGUUGACCCGCGACAUGACUGGCUGGCUGACUGAAAAAGGCAUUGGACGAAACCCUCGAAAGUUGCUACUUGUCCGUCCCGUCUUUGUCGGUGUUUAUUUGAAACAAUCGUCUUCAAGUCCGUGAAAUGGCACUUGACACAGAACGCUUUAGUGAUCGGCAUGCUGCACGGAGGCUUAACAUUGUACAGAUUGUCUCGUGUCCCGCGUCUCGAGGUUAUUGAAUGCUUGGUCUGCCUUGGUACAUAUACGUCCUCCCCCCCAGUAGAGGAAAUAGGGUCAUAUAACUCACGCCUUAUGUGUUCUGUUCCCGGUGUUGUUGCUGCGACGUCAGUUAAAAAUAUAAAGCUUGUGGUCCAAUCCUGAAGCCUCGAUGCUGUUCUCGAGGACCACAAUGCCAGGAAGUUGUCAGCAUAUUCCGCCUCCCCACCCCUCUGAUGCAUUCGCCCCUGUGGAGCUGGGAUUGUUGGGGUUUCUCUGAUGCAGUUAGCUAGAAUAGACGGUGUUUGACUCUUCAUUUCAUGCUGUGGUUCACAGGUCUCGUGACCUGACAUCAGAAAUUUAGCACCUCCUAUGAAGAACGCCAGACAAUAGAGAUCAGUGGCCUGCCCUCCGCUACCGAACUUGAAUCGUCCCUCCCUCCCAUUUAUCGCAUUUUCGUCCCCUUUGUAGUAGCCUUGGCCUGACUGAGAAGCAGCGGGAGAUCGGUCUUCUUGAGGCUUGCGUUUACCAGCUCGCAGAACUGUUGAGCGGACACCGUGACGCCACGGUUGAGAACGUUCAGCGACGACAGGCGCGCUCUGUGGCUGAGCGUGAGGAGGACGACAGCGAUACAGAGCAUGUUCCUGGCGCCACCGGCGAGGGUGGCGACGACAAGGCGGCGGAAGAGGAUGAAGACGAUAUCCCCUACAAUCCCAAGAACUUGCCGCUUGGCUGGGACGGAAAGGUAAGCCUGUUACUUUGUUACCGGGAAGGCGAUUUAUGUUUAUUUCCAAUUCUUUACGUCUUUUUCUUUCAUUACGUCCGCUUUUUAUCCACCACCACCACCACCACCACCACCAUCAGCAUCAGCAUCAGCAUCAGCAUCAGCAUCAGCAUCAGCAUCAGCAUCAUCAUCAUCAUCAUCAUCAUCAUCAUCAUCAUCAUCAUCAUCAUCAUCAUCCCAGACGGAAAUGAAAAAAACAGGGUGUUUGAGAUGGACAGGUUGUCAAAAUUUUUCCGAUCGAUUCACAUCUCAUAGCGGUACCUGCAACAGUCAGGUCCCAGCCUAACCCCUAACCUUAAGCCCUAUCCCCUAGCCCCAACCCCUAACAGGUACGGCUACGAAAUGGGAUCUUGCCAUUUUCCCUCAUAAUCUUCUUUGAUUGGUUGGUUGGUUGGUUUAUUUUAUUUCUUAUCCCCUCCACCGGCUGGCAGUGACAGGCCUCCUUUAUUUUUUCCGUCACGGUGCAAAAUGUCUCUAAGAUCGGUUUGGGUUAGUGUCGAGUUAAGCAGUAGGCGCUGUGGCACUUUGAGGGGUGUACAAAAGUUCAUUUUUCAGUGACUUAAGUCUCAAAACGCGUUCAUGUUGGUCUUUUUCGUCGGGUGGCACUCACGAGUUGUCUUUCAGGUAAUGUGGCAUGUUAAGGACGAAUACGGGCGUGACUAGCUCCUGUUUGACAGGAGCUAGUGAAAACAAGCAAUAACCACCAUUAGCGCCCUAUCCCACGUCCUAACCAUUUAGCCAUGGGCUCGUCCAUUGUUGAUAUAUCCGAUCGCAACCGACAGGACAACGAGCUCGUGACUCAAUGGUUAGGGCGUUGGACUUCUAACCGACAGGUUGCGGGAUCGAGCUUUGGGAGGGGUUGCACAACUCGGGCUUGUAUAUGACUGGCUGAUCACGACCGACAAGCCAGAAAUGGCCGUUCUAUUGCCGACAAAGACAAGGGAGACUAGAAUGACCAUUUCUGGGCGUCAUCGGCCAGCCACACCUACACUACCAGCCGCUGUACGGCUGCUGACUGGCCCUGAAAUUGAACCGAAGAAACAACGGGAUGAGUCUGUUCCGCAACGCGAUCGUUGAGUUCCCCUCUACCACUCUUAGCAUGCAUGUAUUUCUAUAUACAAUGGUAGAUGGGCGCUCACCGAUCAGUUUACGGAACGUGCUCGUCCCCUUGUGCCUUGGGGCGCAAACCAGGACCCUCUCAGGCAUUGGCUUAGCAAUUAGCAAUCUAAGUACAGUGAGUGACCGAUCUCAUGAAAUGUUGGCUGACAUUCUGAAAUGCGUUUUCGACGAGGAAGGAUUGCUUAAGCGCGGCUGUAAAACUGAUUUUCUUGCGGCAUAAUUCUAUAAUAUUUCGGAUGUGGCAAAACGUCAGCCUUUGAAUGCUCUACAUUUUAAUCUUCUUUAGAAACCGUACUCUGUGAAAAAAUGACUAUUUUAGUAGCAUGCAUUUUUCAGAUUGAUUUUCGGUGGUCUUACAAAUUCAAAUAUAUUGUAUGGAAACCACGAAAAAAAUAUGCUUUCUUUCAGUCGUUUGAUAGAGAAUCACGUCGCCUUUAUAUAUUAUGCCCGAGGAAGGGUUAUAAUUAGGUUUUGAAAAAGUUUCCCAUUAUGAGAUUUUUUCAAGACCGUGUAAUGUCCAUUCACUCAGCAUCGUACCUGUCUGUUUACUACUGCACCUCAUGAAAUGUACAACAUGGUCCACAUCCAUUGUAAAAUUUUAUGGACUCUGUAUGAUAUCUUUUUAAUGGCAUAGAAGAAUAUGUGAUUUUCAUUACGGGGAACACACGCACCUUGUAUACUGAAAUCACGAAGCGCUAAUGCGAGGGCUGAUCAGGCUCCAAAUUAUUCGGAAAUUAGAAAAAAGUUUUAAAACCUGGUUAUACUUCUUCUUUGAGUAUAAAAUAUAAAGACGACGUGAUUCUCUAUCAGACAACUGAAAGAAGGAUAUCUUUGUUCGGGGUUCCUAUAAAAUACAUUUGAAUUUUCCAGACCAUCGAAAAUCAUUGUAAAAAUGCAUACUUCAUAAGUAGUCAUUUUUUUACUGAACACGAUUUCUAAAGAAGAUUAAAAUGUAAGUCAUUUAAAAGCUGACAUCCUGCCGGGCCCGAAGUAUAUUAGGACUAUGUCCCAUGAUAAUGAAUGUUUCAACCCCACCGAGGUAAACCUUCCUAGUCGAAAACACACUUCAGAAUUUCAGCCAGCAUUUCAUGAAAUCGGUCACUCACUGUAGGUAAGGUGAUACCGACAAAGACAGGAGAGACCAGAAUGCUAUUUCUGGUCUGUUGGCCGUCACCAGUCAGUCAAGCCCAGCCACAGGUGUGGAGUACCUGAGACUUGAACCCGUGACUGACAGCUGCUAGCUGGACUGAUGCUUUUGUUAUUUUUCAGGCUUAACUAAGCGUUGAGCAUGAGAAGUGUUGUUUUGGGCAAGGCAGGGGAUACUUCCGUACUAUAUACAUAUAUAUAUAUAUACACAUAUAUAUAUAGGCAGAAUGGCAUUACCGACAAAGACAAGGGAGACUGGAAUGGCCAUUUCUGGCUUAUUAGCCGUCGUCAGCCAGCCAUACCCAAGCCCGAAGUGUGGAACACCCGAGCCUCGAACUCGCGACCUGUUGGUUUAGAAGUCAACGCCUCUACUCACCGGGUCACGAGCCCGUUGCCCUGUCGGUUUUCGAUCGGGAAUAUACAAUGUUAGGGGACCCCCUAACAUUGCAUUUACAGUCAGUUUCUUUGGGCGUCCUUGCCCUCCCAACUGGACAGGCAUUUUGGUCAGACUCACCUCACCCUGGAUUUCGAUAUUUUGUAGCGCAUUCUUCACGCCCCAAAAUCCCAACCUAAUUGUCUUUUUUCCUCUCGAUCUUCGGUAGCCCAUUCCUUACUGGCUGUACAAAUUGCACGGCCUAAACAUGUACUACGCCUGCGAAAUCUGCGGCAACGCCACCUAUCGUGGUCCCAAGGCCUUUCAGCGGCACUUCUCGGAGUGGCGCCACGCCCAUGGCAUGCGCUGCCUUGGUAUUCCCAACACUGCCCACUUUGCCCACGUGACCAAGAUUGAGGACGCCCUGGCUCUCUGGCAGAAGAUUCGAUCCACCAAGGAGGCUGAACGCUGGCGACCCGAGGUGGAGGAGGAGAUGGAGGACUACGCAGGCAACGUGGUCACCAAGAAGACCUACGAGGACCUGAAGCGGCAGGGUCUUCUUUGA